AUCAAACAGUGCACACAACGUCCACAAAUCAGUUCAUUUUCACGCCCUGAAUCAUCAGACGAGCAGAUAAAAACCGCACUGGAACGAAAAAAAUUGCAUUAACUAUCACCUACAGUUUUACUAAAAGUACACGACUUUCCAGUAAACAAAAAACUAACUCUCACUCAUUCCAAACACACUUAAAACAAUAUUCAAAUCCCCAAUUUGUAAACGUAACACACUUUUCACUGGGUCAUAAAAAACCAAAACCAAUAAAUUGUAAACGACACCUGCUGUACGUGCGUCAGCCCCCACAGCCCCCACCACUCAUCGCCAACAAUUGAAGAGCACGAACCACCACAAGCCACUCUUCACUAAGCCGCUAACGAAGAAACCAAGAUGAGCGAAAUGUACCAAACGUACCCCGACCGCAUCGCGCGCUUUUUCGAAGACAAAACCGUGCUGAUAACGGGGGCCACCGGCUUCGUGGGGAAAGUGUUGUUAGAGAAAAUGUUGCGUGCAUGCGGCGGGGUAAAGAAGGUUUACGUACUGAUUAGAAGCAAAAGGGAGAAGGAGCCGCAGAUACGACUGGUCGAGCUCUUCCGGGAUCCAAUCUUCGGGGUGUUAAAAACCCAGCACGACGCUUCUAUUUUCCAAAAAGUAGAAGCUAUUUCAGGCGACGUGUCCCUCCCAGGUCUCGAUUUGUCCCUCUCUGACAGAAAAAAGCUUUGUUCAGAAGUGGAAAUAAUCUUCCACUGUGCCGCUAUAGUCAGGUUUGACAUACCGCUGCAAGAAGCCGUGAUUGUCAACGUGCGUGGGACCAAACUUAUGUUAGAACUGGCAAAGGAGUGUCAAAAUUUGCUCAAUUUUGUGCACGUUUCGACUGCUUAUUGUCACCUAGACGAGGAUAUAGUCAAGGAGCAGAUAUACCCCCCACCUAGAAACCCUCACGACGUCAUCAAAAUCUGCGAGUGUUUGGAGAACGAGCUUGUCGAGACGAUCAAAAAUAAGAUUUUGGAGAAAUUCCCUAAUUGUUAUCCGUUUACAAAGGCGCUGAGUGAGGGUUUGGUUAGUGACGAAAUGGAGCGUCUGCCUGUGGUGAUUUUUCGGCCAUCAGUUGUGGUACCUAUUUGGAGAGAACCCCUUCCCGGAUAUACUGAUAACAUAAACGGCCCCACUGGACUCCUAAUAGGGGGCGGGAAAGGCGUGAUUAGAACGCUUUUCUGUCGAGGCGACGGCUAUUUAGACUACAUUCCGGCUGACCUCGUAGCUAACGGACUCUUAUUUAGCACUUUCGAUUUUGUUACCAACAAAGGACAACGAAGAGUUUACAACGCCGUUUCGUCCCACGCCUACAAACUAACGUUCAACCAAGUGGUCAAAAUGGGCAAAACCAUCGUAGAGACGGCUUUACCAUUCAACAACAUUUUCUGGUACCCGGGGGGUUCCCUCACCCAAUCUAAAAUCAAACACUACACAAUCAUGACCCUAUUUCAAAUACUUCCAGCGCUGAUUAUCGACACCAUUUUGAUUCUUUGUCGCAUAAAACCAUUCUUCAUGAAAAUUCAAAAACGCACCCUGAAUGCCUACGCUCUUUGCGAAUACUAUGUUAACAGAAACUGGGAUUUCGAUAACAGUAAAAGCAUGGAAGCGAUUGAACUUUUGAACCCCAGGGAACGAGAAAUUUAUAAAAUGGACGGACGAGGGGGCAAUUUUCGCGACUAUUUUUUGAAUUGUAUACACUCAGCGCGGCUGUAUUUGUUGAAAGAAAGUGAUGACCAGAUUCCAGCAGCCAAAAUGCAAAUGAAAGUAAUGUGGUUCGUGGAUUGGUUGUGCAAAAUCUUCGUCGUCUCGGCUUUAUUCUACUAUAUUUCGUCUAAAUUAUUCUCAUAAAUGUCUAAGUUGUAGUUUUAAAUUGUAGGACACUUUAAUUUAAUUAAAUAAAAAGAAUCACUCUGUA